GAAACCAUUAAUGUUGCAUGGGCACGAGCGUGCAAUUACAAUGAUUAAGUACAAUCGGGAAGGUGAUUUAAUUUUUAGCGCUUCUAAAGAUAAAAAACCGAAUGUUUGGUAUUCAUUAAAUGGAGAGAGACUUGGCACUUUCAACGGGCACAAUGGAUCUAUUUGGUGUAUUGACGUCAACUGGGACACUUCGCGUUUUAUUUCUGGUUCCGGAGAUAAUUCAUUGAGAAUUUGGGACUGUCAAACAGGCAAAGAAAUAGGACAAUUGGACACAAACAGUUCAGUCCGAACAUGUGCCUUUAGUUUCUCAGCAAACACAGCCGUAUUUUCUACUGACAAAGCUCUGGGUCAUCAAUGCGAGAUGUUCAUAAUUGAUACCCGGACCGUUGAGCCAACUUUAUCUCUAGACGACGCUAUUAUCCGUAUUCCAAUAAACGGACCAAGAAUUUCAGCUAUUGUGUGGGGCGCAUUAGAUGAAUCAAUUAUCACUGGCCAUGAAGACGGAGAAAUUAAUAUUUGGGACGUCAGGACUGGGAAGAAAUUGAACAGCCAAAAGGGGCACAAAAGCCAAAUUAACGAUAUGCAGGUAAAUAAAGAUGGAACGAUGUUUAUCACCGCCAGCAAAGAUCACACCGCAAAACUUUUUGACAGCGAGUCUCUAAUGCACCUCAAGACAUACAAAACCGAGAGACCCGUUAAUUCAGCAACCAUUUCCCCAAUUUACGACCACGUUGUCCUCGGAGGUGGCCAGGAUGCUAUGGACGUCACGACAACGUCGACCCGUCAAGGGAAAUUCGACGCCCGGUUUUACCACCUCGUUUUUGAAGAAGAAUUUGCGCGUCUCAAAGGACAUUUCGGGCCCAUUAAUUCCCUGGCUUUUCAUCCCAAUGGACGAAGCUUCUCCAGCGGCGGGGAAGAUGGUUACGUUCGCAUAAAUACUUUUGAUCAGUCAUAUUUCGAUUUUCAUUUCGAAUACUGA